ACUUUACAAUAGCGCGAUCUUACGAAAUGUCGCUCUUCGACUUAUAAUGUUUAAGUGUUUGCCAAUCAUAGGACCCUGUGGUCGACAUAUAGAUCAUAUUGAUAGGCGUCAUUCAAAGCUUGAACAGGUUCCGGAUGACGUCAUAAGAAGUUUUCGAACUCUUGAGGAAUGUCGCUUGGAUGCCAACCAAAUCAAGGAGUUACCGAAGAACUUCUUCCGCCUAAAGCGAAUUCGUCUCCUGACAUUGAGUGACAAUGAACUUACCCGUUUACCAAAUGGAAUUGGCAGCUUUUCGAAUCUUGUGGAGUUGGACAUCAGUAGAAAUGAUAUAUCUGAACUCCCGGCAAGUAUUCGGUUCUGUGAUUCUUUACAGAGUUUGGAUGUAAGCAAUAAUCCUUUGCAAAGCCUACCUGCUGGUUUCUGCCAGUUGCGCAAUCUUCGAGUUUUAUGCUUGAAUGAUAUUUCGAUCGCUGAGCUUCCGGAGGAAAUAGGCAGCUUACAAUUAUUAGAAAAAUUAGAACUUCGUGAUAAUUGUCUCAAGUCAAUACCAGACUCAUUCGCUGAUCUUAUUCAUUUGGAGUUUCUUGAUCUUGGUGCCAAUGAGUUUCAAGAGUUGUCUCCCGUAAUUGGCCAACUCUCCCAAUUGAGCGAAUUAUGGAUAGAUGAUAAUGAACUGAGAUCAUUACCUGAAGAGCUGGGAAAUCUUGGGAAUUUACAGCAAUUGGAUCUAUCAGAAAACCUUAUUUCUUCUCUACCUGAAAGCAUUUCAGGAUUGGUUUCAUUGUCGGACUUAAAUUUAUCACAAAAUACUAUAACACAUUUACCGAAUGGCUUAGGUGAUUUGAAAAAGUUGAUUAUUCUAAAACUCAAUCAAAAUCGACUGCUUACGGUGACACCGACUAUAGGAAACUGUUCAAGUUUACAAGAAUUAUACUUGACUGAAAAUUUUCUUUCUAAACUCCCACCUUCUAUUGGCAAUUUAGCUUCCAUGUUUCAUUUGAAUGUAGAUCAAAAUCAACUAACUGAGUUGCCCGCUGAGAUUGGUCAAUGUACAUCACUUAAUAUUUUGUCUCUUCGAGAAAAUAAUUUGCAUAGAUUACCUGAUGAAAUUGGUAAUUGUACACGUUUACGAGUUCUAGAUGUUUCUGGCAAUAGACUUGAUCGAUUACCGUUUAGUUUAUCAAAAUGCUCAUUAACAGCUUUAUGGCUUUCACAGAAUCAAUCUCAACCAGUGAUUACAUUGCAAAGAGAUAUAGAUCCUAUAACACAAGAACAAUAUCUAACAUGUUAUUUACUACCACAAGAUCAACUUGACUCACGUGUUGAAACUGAUCCAACUAUGUCACCAUCUGAAUUAGAUAGUUUUUCUACUUCAUUAAAUCCUAACAGCAAACCAAAUCAUGAUUUACUUGAUAAUAUCAGUACAGAAAUAAAUCAUGCUUAUGAGCCUGCAGAUAUGCAUAUCUCACCAUCAAAAUAUGAAUCAACCAAACCAUCGAUUUCGCCGUCAUCAACAUUAAAUGAUAAUUUAACAAUGACAAAUACACUUAAUUCAUCCUGUACAUCAUCAAAUCAUAUAAAUGAUCUUUCUACUUCAUCUACACAUUCAUCUUUAUCUAUACCACCAACAUCUGUAUCAACUCGUGUUCAUUUCUCCGGUUCAGUGAAACCUGAUGAAAUGGACAAGUCGGCCUCUAAAGGUUUCCCAAAAACACGUCAUCCUCGUUCCAGUAGAAAAACUGCAGAUAAUCAUCUUAUUAGUGGUAAAGAUGACUUAAAUCAACACGGAAAUAUAUCAAUUGUUGUUGAAUUUCAGUUUGACAUAGAAUCAUCUAUUCUUCUCGAGUAUUUAUUCUAA